UGCCGUAAUUUGAAGUUUACCAGUUUUCCUAAACCUGGCUACAGAUUGGAGAAUCACACGGUUCGAACUAUUGAAAUAUUCGACGAGGAUCUCUGCAUGGCGCAAUGCUACCUGGAACCUAACUGCGUCAGUUAUAACUUCCAUACGAUAACACAGCUGUCUGGAACACACAAGUGUGAUCUGAAUAACGCUACUAUUGAACACGAUAAAGAUCUGGUGAAAAACGAAAGUUAUAUUUACCGCGGUGCUGAGGUGAGGACGACGCUUAUUAGCCAAGAGAAUGAAAUUCUUUGUCUCGUCGAAGCUUCUUAACAAGAUCAAGGAUUCCCUAGCCUAUCCCCCUCCUCUUAAUUCUCCUUCCAACAACCAAAAGAAAGGUUAUGAUACUUACGCGUUUAACCUUUGAAAUAGAGAAUUGGGAGAAGCAUAUUAUUUUUUAUUAUUAUUAAUUUAAUAUCCCCACCUCCGGAGUUGUUGUGAUACAUUUUGAGGAUUUAGACACAUUUUUUUUCUCGCUCUGAACAGUGCCACGUGAAUAAAGAGAACCUAUGUUCAACGCAGAUAUUUGCUUAAAAAAUAAGCCAGCUUGCGUAGAACAUAUGGGCAUAUAAAUGAGAGCACACACGAGGACCAUUACAGAGGACCUAUAGAUUUGACAAACCUGCAUAACAUUCAGAACUUGCAAACACGAACGCAUGCGCAGAAGGUAAACACAAAAAUUAAAGUGCUCCUAUUCGUUUUGUUCGUAAGAAUGCUUGUGCCAGAAAUCCUUGCAAGAAUAAUGCAACAUGCCAAGCUGGGUUUACAGACAGAGGUUAUCAGUGUUUAUGUGUUCUUGGAUCUGGAUUUGAAGGCCAUGAUUGUGGUGAAGGUGAGCAAUCCUCUGCAAUUUGUUUCCAAUCAGUAAAAUGAUAAAUUUGUUCUCCAAUCUCUGCUUUCAGCCUUUCUUUUUUUUUUUUUUUUUACCAUUUUUACAAUGAACAACUGCUGAAGCGGAUAUCAGUAAAACUGGAUACAAAUUCUACGCCAAGGUCAGAGAUGAUACCAUCAUUCGAUAAAUUUAUCACCAAUUUAUCAUGCUUUUUUAUUUCACCUUCCCAGUUUUAUGAAUUGAAUACAAACCAUAACAAAACAAAACACAAGAUAAAGCAUAAAAAUAGGUUUUAUUUAAAUGGUUCUUUCUUAAUGUUCUAGACUUGAACGAAUGUACUGACGGAACACAGUUGUGAUAAGGAUGCUGAGCGUAACAAUACCUUGGGAUCUUACAAGUGCACGUGCAAACAUGGAUUUCAUGGAAAUGCAACUAACUGCACAGGUAACUGUUUGUAACAGAUCAUGCUAUCUUAUCUCACCUUACUUUUCGGAGGUGACUUUAAAAUAAAAACAAAUCAAGAAAUACAAACAAACAAACAUUAGCAAAACACAAGAAAGAACAAAAAAACAGGUUUCAUUUAAAUGAUACGUCUUUUUUAAUGUUCUAGAUUUGGACGAAUGCUCUGACGGAACACACAACUGUGAUGUAAAUGCUGAUUGUAACAAUACCUUGGGAUCUUACAAGUGUUCUUGUAAAGAUGGAUUUCAUGGAAAUGGAACUAAUUGCACAGGUAACUGUUUGUAACACAUUAUGCUUUCUUAUCUCACCUUACUUUUCUGAGGUGACUCUAAGAUAAAAAUAAAUCAAGAAUAACAAACAUUAACAAAACACAAGACAGAAACAUAAAGAAAGGUUUCAUUUCCAUACAUUUCUUCCAUAAUGUUCUAGAUUUGGACGAAUGCACUGACGAAACACACACCUGUGAUGUGAAUGCUAAAUGUAACAAUACCUUGGGAUCUCACAGCUGCACGUGUAAAGAUGGAUUUCAAGGAAAUGGAACGAACUGCAUAGGUAACUGUUUGUAAAAUAUCAUACUAUCUCAUUACACUUACUGCAUCCAUUUUCCCAUUCCCUAAUUUUGUCUUUCGCUUUAACUAUCCUAUGCUUGGCGGAGUGGCAAACAAGCGUGUAGUUCGUUCCGGUAACGUGGUGUUCAUCCUCACGAUAGUGCUUUACGAUAAGCUUCGUCGCCCAGUUUCAUCUCGGAAAAAUUAUUGGAAAUCGCAUAUCGUAAGGUAGACUUUAAGUAAACCUUAGUAGACCAUCGCUCCGAAGAAGACCAUCAAGAUCGACUUUCGGCGUCAGCUCGGGCAAUUUACUCCUCUUCUGUAAGGCUCAAUUAUUUUAAUAGCUAGGAACUCCUCGGCGAAAUCAGCCCGCUGCGUUUCUCUAAUUAUUUGUACUUCAGCUUAAUUUCGUUUGGAGAAAAAGGACCGUCUCACCGUCCUUUCUCUUUUGUGCGGCACUUCACGACAAAUCUUAUCAUACACAAUGUCACUCGCGUGAGUUGUACCAACUUGACCGAUUUUCAGGUUUUAGUUUCCACCUGUUAUCUUCGACGACUUCAACAGAAACGAAACUGUGUGGAUCAAAGACUUCUCAGUUUUGACCUCUAGACCCUCCUCGAUCUUCACUUGUGGCCACUCGUUUUCUGCUUGAGAAAGAAAUUGCGGAACUUGCCACCGAAGUUGAAUCGCCACGAUGUAUUUAACGUCCAUUCCACGGGAACAUAUGUAAGCUGGUAACUUCAAUCGAAGUGUUGUGAUAAGCGUGAAAGGAGCAAGCUUGGUCUUGGAUGCAAUCAUGAAGACUUGUAAUACUCUUUAUCGUAGGAACAUCUUACAUAGCUUAAUAUCCCAUGAACACCCUUUAUGCUUCCAUGAAAGUGAGGGCGCUGCUCGAUCUCUCCGCUUUUGACUGCCUUAGACUUCUAAGAAAUGUGAUAUUUCAAGAUCUCCAGCUAUAGAAACCAUCGUUCGGCUUGCACAGCGAUCUCUUGAGUAACAGUAUUAUCCCAUCUCCCAUUUCCCACAAAUCUUGAGUAAGGAUCUUUGCUUGGACUAUGAACGGAUUGGCGAGACCUAAUGGAUCAAGUAUUUCGGUUACUAUCCCCACGAUAGACCUUCAACUGGAGUUGUGAUUCGAGGAGAGAAAACAUCAUUCAGAGCAUUCCACAGAAUUCCGAAGGUUUUUGUCACUGGCAAUGUGUCGUGGCUAAGGUUAAUUUGAGUGCUCUGAGUUUCUGUGGACUGACUGGUAGCACCUCCGGAGAGUAAAUUAACUAUAUACGAGCCCUCUCUCCUACUUUAUUCCGCAGAUCUUGAAGUUCUUUGAACAAAUGGAUUGCACUGUCAAAGAAUUGUAUCUGCAUAUGUAUGUUGACUUCUGGACAGUUUCGGAGGCAUGAGAUAAAUUCUCUCUGUUAUUUCUUGGUGUUUCCUGAGACACAAACUGGGCACAAAGCGAAGCGGAUGCAUCUCCAAACACGAAGUCAUUUCCAUCGGGAUUUCGAUUAACUUCCAAAUUCUUUCGAAGAAAUCCAAACAUCGAACGGUCUAGAGGCGAGACGUUUAUUUACAUUUCACUGACGUCACAUGCAAUGGCUACUUGAAAACGGCGAAAGAGUAGAAGGCCUUCGAACAGAUCUGCUUCAAGCUUGGGGUCCGGUGGAAUUUUAUCGUUUAAAGAUGUAUCUUGAAACUUUGCACUGGUAUCAAAUACGGUUCUGGUCUUUGUAAUGGACCUCUCAGGACGGCAUACAGAGAGGUGAGGGAGGUACCACUGACGUUGUGGCUCCUUUUCGGGGUAAAAUGCAACAACGUUCUGAUAGUCUUCUCCUAGUGAAUAUUGUCGAUUUAAAAGCUUAUCUGUAUUUCUAAGGCGGCUGAAGGCCAUCUCUAGUUGUCCGGUAACGACAGACGGUCAUGAUUAUAAGGUGUGGCAACUUGGUAACGCUCUCCAUCGUGAACGAAUGAGACUAGAACCUUAUCAAGGACUAUCUCCUCCUCUCUUUUUAUCGGUAUUGCAUAAUUUUCGUCGACACCUAAGGUGUCAACUUCCUAGAACCGCUUCAUAGGAUCAUUCAGUUCGUUAAAUGCCUUUGAUCUGCUUAAAAAAGGUACUAGCGAGAUUAGUUCUAUUCGUCUUCCUCGAUGCUUUUCCUUCUGGACAGCCAAAAUUCGACCACCCCAAUGGCCUUAGUCUAGCGAUUGCUUCUCCUCCAGUUUUUCUCUCAAGUCAACCUUUGCAAAAUGAAGAUCAUCUGGUCUUGACCAAUAUGAGAUUAGUUGCUGGUUCAGGAAAGUAUGAGAGUAUCAUUCGCCUCCUCGCAUGCUUCUUCUAACAAAGCCAUCGCUUUUUCUUUCUUCAACUGGCUUAUUUCUCAUUCUCGUGGACUUUUUUUCUGCGUCGCAUGCCUUAAUAAGCUGAAGGGAAUUAUGCCAGUUCGCAUUUCUGGCUCGGGGACAUGCGAGGGUUUUUCUUGCUUAAACUUCGAGAACAUUUUCGUGAAAUUCUUUAACAGGUGAAUAACCAUUGGAUAUCAAUGACGCUAAACCAAAGCAACUGUUUUUUCUUGCGACAUGCGUCUCUUUAAUCUGUGAGUUACCUUAGCAUUGCUAUUGCGAUGUAGACCUUUCACUAUAGAACGAGAGAUAAAUGACGUAGAAAGAGCGCAAAUUUCAAAACAGUAAACUCGAUUUAUAGUUCAAGAAAAAGUGGGCUUCGAUCGACAAGAGAGCGAAGGUUUGUGAUUUUGGAUGGUUUUUCGAUAAGCUUAAACGACAAUAAGGUAAAAGUGGGUAAUUUUCUGAACGACACGGAAAACUUUUGGGCUCAGUGAAAUCGCAGAGGGAGUUUCAUAGAGAGACAAUAGCCGUAAUAUUGUAAUUUUUUGGCUCGAUCGACAAUGGCGCUAAAAUAUUUUCGAAUACACACUGUUGAUGAUGUCGCAGAUAGUUUUUUGUUCGUCUCGUGCAAUGAUAGCACGAAAGAGCGUGAUUUUUAGUAAUACGCAAAACGGGCUGAAUGGUUAGGAAGUUGUAGAAAGAUUUAAUUGUAUGGCUCGUGCAACAAGAGCGCGAAAAUUUAUGAUUUGAAUGUUUAGUAAGUUGCAAAGGGAGUUCCUUGUGCGGCUUGGGCAACAGUAGCUCGAAAGAGCGUGAGUUUUUUAAAGACGUAAUGGAUGCGAAAAUGUUUAGGCUCGUUGAAGUCGCAGAGGGAGUCAUGGUUGGAUCCAGAGACGAUUAUGGCACAAUAAUUUUUAUAAAUGUGAAUGUUGGUGAAGGCGCAAAGAUAAUUUCUUGUUUAGCUCGCGCCAUAACAGCGCGAAAGAUCAUUUUUUUUCUUUCAAAGGGACGCGAAGAAGUUCGAACAAACUUCUUAGCACGAGUGACAGUGAUGCGAAAGUUUUUGAGUUUUGAAUGUUAAUGCUCGUAUGACAGUACUGUAGCGCGAGGGUUUUUUAAAUUUUGAAUGUUAAAUAAGUUGCAGUGUGAGUUAAGUAGAAAGAUAAGGAAAAUGCAUUUACAGAAAUUUCAGAACAGUCCUAUCCUCAAAACUCUCCUCAAAGUUUAGGCCUUUUUACUAUAAAAAGAUACAGGGUUUUUCAUCUCGGUGGUGACCAACCUGAAAUUUCGGUAUCGGAAUCGAGAGCAGAAGCAGAAGAGUAGGCCAGGCACGCUGCGAGAUUCUAGGUAUGUCUAAAGACAAAGUUUGAUACCAGGAAAGAGAAGAAAGAAACUCGUGGCACAGGGGAAGAAGUGGUUUUCUCUUUAGCUUCUUUUUAAUUCAGGCCACUAUUUUGCAUUGAGGGAGACACCACAGGGAUAUGUUUAUUCAUCCAUUCUGUAAAAGAUAACGGUUUACGGUUUGUGUCAUCUAUUGACGUCAAGAUUCGUUCCAUCUUCCUCUUUUUUAAAGCAUUUUUUAAUGUAUUCUUGUCUACUUUGCACAAUCUGUUGAGCAUUCUUCAUCUCAUUUCUGUCUCUUAAGAUUUCACGAAUCUUUUUAUCACGAAUGGUAAGCAAACUUCUUACUGCCAUCCAAACUUUAUUCCUGAUAAUUUUUUCCUUCUGCUGCACACGGUCAACCUUGCUAUCAGGGCGCUUUCUUGACAUUUCCCGUCCUCUCCACUUUUCGGAAAAAGCGUCCCGUGGGCCAGGAAGCGUGCAUUUAGAUUGAUUUAUUUGUUCCUUCAGCGCCUCUGACUCCUACUGAUUUAAUCUUUCAUUGGAUCUUAGGCGAUGUAUCAACCAAGUAUUCUUACUUGUUAGAGUAAUUCUCAGGAGAUUCUUCUUCUUUAUCUUUUUCUGCCGAAUUUACAGGAAUCUUUUUCCUAAGUGGUAGUAGGCAUUAUAAACAAUUCCUACUACAUUUUUGACAAAUUCUUACUAGUAUCAAAAUUCUCCCUUUUAUUUUGUGUUUAUUGCACAGGGUUUACAGCUGUGUUUACAAAUCUUGGUACGAGUGGAAGGAAAGGUUCAGAGUCGAUUGGUAGUUACUACAUAGGUCAGGAUCAUGACGGACAAGUUGCAGUGUCCAGCGGUAUUCAACAGUGGACUGUGCCACAUACUGGUGAAUACAGAAUAGAAGCAAUAGGAGCUUCCGGGGGAUACGGUGAGGACAGUAUCAUCAAGAACGGAGGAAGAGGGGCACGGAUUAUUGGACACUUUAAUUUGACAAAAGAUGAGAUCAUACAUGUGCUUGUUGGUCAAAAAGGGAAAAGAGGAGAUCGCGACAAACAAACUGCUGGAGGCGGAGGAGGUACAUUUGUAGUCAAAGAAGACAACACGCCUUUGAUUAUAGCUGGAGGUGGAGGGGGAAUUAAAAAUAUGUCAGAGCAACAUCUGGGAUGUGAUGCGUCUAAAAACACCACAGGGAAUGCAGGGGACAACUCGCCAUUGGGUUCGGGGGGAAGCAACGGACAUGGAGGACGUACAAAUAGUAAGCUUUCUGGUAGGUGGAGAACUUUCUUUUCACAAAUACUAAGAUUUUCGUUGCAUUUCACUGCCAUCCUUCAGGAUCUUCAACCAAAUGAGAGAGUCAGUCGCUAAUAAUUAGAUUUUGAAUGAUUAAUAAAAUCAAUAGUUAUCAAAAUUAUUUUGAAGUUUUUCUUUCAUAAUACUUUGGAAACGCCUCAUACAAGCAGUUAAAAUUCUGUCAAAUUUGGCUUUUUCCUUUUUUGAAUUUCCUGCACAUUUGUCCAAUUCUCUACAGCGAUCCGCGAAUAUACGGCAGGAGAAGACAUCGAAAAAGGCUGACAGGGCUUCUUAUUCGCUAAUUUUGAACCUGGAUUAAAUAGAAACACUAAACAGAGAGUCGAAGCGAACCCUAAAGCUGACUUGUCCUCACAAGCUUUUCAUUAACAAUAUCCAUGCAAUAAUUAAGCCUCAAAAAAUAAAGAAAUAAACCUCGUUGCGAAACACUGCAAUCUUUGUUUGAUCGCAAUAACUCAAAUUUAUAGGUGUUAUUUGUAAGAGAACUACUGAUCACUUUUUGAUUGUAUUAUAGGUGGCGGCGGCGGCGGCGGCGGCUUCCACACAAAUGGACACGAUUCAACGUCUUGUGGUGGGGGGAAAGGAGGUUUCGGAUAUCAUCAAGGGGGAGAGGGUGGAAAGCAUUGGGGUGGGUUUGGAGGUGGCGGUGGUUUUUGUGCACCAGAGAAGGGACCGGGCGGAGGUGGAGGUUAUUCUGGGGGAAGUGGUGGGGCUAAUGAACAUAUUUCCUGUGGGGGAGGGGGAGGUUCUUUUAACAAUGGGACAAGUCAGUGUAAUGAAUGUUGCUAUAAUAGCGCUGGUCAUGGCUGGGUAAACAUCACAUUUUUCCAAUGA